AUGCUACCGUUUAGAGCAUCUCUCAGGUUUCUGCAUACAAACAUCCACAGAGUCUUUGUUCUGGCUCUGCUAUGCAUUGCGCUCUUUAAUCUGGUCAACCGAGGCGUGCUCCCUCUUUCGCGCGUCAGAGCCCCAAAGCACGUUAUCCAAGACGAUGAAGCUGAAGACUUGGCAGCAGAUGAUCUCAUUGUUGAUCUACCCAUUGUCGAACACCACCACCAUCAUAGUCAGCUCCGACACCAUGCGCACGGACACAAACUGGCAUCGCACAAGUUUCGUGACGACGGGCUUCUCGAGGUCAAUCCAGACGGAAGGCAUCCCAUCUACGAUCUGAUGAGCAGAGCGGAGCGUGCUUGGGAGGAUAAAGUGGCGACGCAGAGCAAGACGCUCGCCGAGGCUGUCACUCAGUAUCGACAACGGUACCAUAGAGAGCCCCCGCUUGGAUUUGGUGAAUGGUGGAAGUAUGUCAAAGUGCACAAUGUGCAACUACCAGACGAAUAUGAUCAGAUCUAUCGCGACCUGGAACCGUUCUGGGGUAUGCAUCCGUCGAUGAUACGCUCGUUGCAGUCGGAGUUCAUGUCGGAGCCUGGGACGUACACCCUCUCCAAUGGUCACGACGGCUAUGGACCCGUGUACAUCUCCUCAACUUCUAUGUCGGCAUCGGAAGAAGCAGAGAUUCUCCAAGGACGGGCCAGUCUGCAAAUGGACGUGAUCCAACCAGUUAGCCAGUGGCUCCCGCCAUUUCAGGCAACCUUUAUCUAUCACGACAAUCCCUUGAUGCUCGUAGCUCAAAGUCUCAGGCAGGCGGCAUUGGACGCGGCUGCAAUGCAAGAACAUUUGGAUCAAUUAGAGGCGUGGAAUCCACAUGAUUUUGGGUGGACGACCCUUUGUCCUCCAUCUACCCCUCUUCGCCGGAUGCACGACGCCCUCGACAUUCCCAACCUUGAUGAACUACAUUCCAAACUUCCGAAGACAUUUAUUUAUAACCAUGUUCGGUCCAUGAAUCCUUGCUUGCAUCCGACACACAUCAACCUCAACGGCCAACUCUUGAAUUUCGAAUACGGCCCGACUCCAAGAUGGAAGUAUUACCCCAGUUUCUCCAUGUCUACAACUACCAUGCAUGCAGAUAUACUCACCGUAGCUCCAGAGAACUGGGUCGAAGAUGUCGGGGUCGAUCCACCUUGGGACCGGAAACCGCAUUCGAAGUUACUGUGGAGGGGGUCCACCACGGGUAUGGACAUGAAAGGCCGGCGGAAAUGGAGGCUCUCGCAAAGACUCAGACUGGUCGACCUCGCGAAUCGUAUGAACGGCUCCCACCAAGUGUUGCAUCCACACAGCCCACUAUCCCCCGUCGGGAUGCCCCUAGUAUCGUCAUCUGCGGAGCUCAAUGGAAGACUAAUGGACAUAGCAUUUACUUCCAAUGCUUCACAAUGUGAACUCCAAAUCUGCAAAGAGAUUGAAAAGGAUUACAGGUUUAGACAAGAGCGCCUGACGUGGGAUGAAGCGAACAAGUACAAGUAUCUUCUCGAUGUUGACGGAAACGGAUGGUCGGCUCGUUUCAAGCGCUUAAUGACGACCAACUCCCUUGUACUCAAGGCGACCAUUUGUCCUGAAUGGUACGCAGAUCGCAUCCAAAGCUGGGUCCAUUAUGUCCCCGUCAAGACGGAUUUGACAGACCUCUAUGAUUUAAUGACGUUCUUUCGAGGAGAUGGUUCGGACAACACGGGCAACGACCGUCUGGCUGAAAAGAUUGCCACUGCUGGCAAAAAGUGGAGCAAGACAUUUUGGCGAAAGGAGGAUGAGACUGCAUACAUGUUUCGUCUCCUUCUCGAAUGGGCCCGGGUUUCUGAUCCGAAUCGUGAUAUAAUGUACUUUAAAUGGACAAAUGAAGAUGUAGAGCUCUAG